CAAAACAGGAAAUAGGUGUCUUAUAUACAGACGGCUCUAACCUCUCUCCCUACCAUUCUUCUUCCAGCAGAUAAAACACAUACUUCAUCCUGCUCUGAGAACCACAGCAAUGACAUUAUUCCUGGUGUUGCUAUUCCUGGUUGCUGGGCUGCUUCCGUGCUGUCCUGCAGAUGACUAUCAGGACUCAAAGUUUACUGCUAUCUUAACCUCCCGAACAGAAGUGCAAAAGGAGAUCGUAGACAAACACAAUGAACUGAGAAGAGCAGUCUCUCCAUCUGCCAGCAACAUGCUAAAGAUGAAAUGGAGUAGUCAGUCUGCAGCAAAUGCCCAAAAGUGGGCAGACCAGUGCAAGUACCAACACAGUACCGCAGACUUUCGAAGAACCAAUGUAAGCUGUGGUGAGAAUCUCUUUAUGUCAAGCGCCAUCACUUCAUGGUCAGUCGCAAUCCAAAAUUGGGAUGAUGAGAAAAAUGACUUUGUCUUUGCUGUAGGGCCAAAGACUUCCAAUGCAGUGGUUGGACAUUAUACUCAGGUUGUUUGGUACUCUUCUCACCUCGUUGGAUGUGGAGUUGCCUACUGUCCCAAUCAAAAUCCUCUAAAAUUCUUCUUUGUUUGCCAGUAUUGUCCUGCUGGAAAUUCUCUUGCAAGAAUAUAUACCCCUUACCAACAAGGAAAACCUUGUGCCAGUUGCCCUAAAGACUGUGACAAUGGACUAUGCACCAAUGUUUGCAACUAUGAAGAUAAAUAUAGUAACUGUAAAGAUCUGAAGGACAACCUUGGCUGUGGACAUCAACUCGUCAAGGAUAGUUGCAAGGCUGCCUGCAAUUGUGCAAACAAAAUUUAUUAAAUGCUCAAUACACAGUAAAGAGGGCCAUGUGGAGAAAAGCUACAUCGUCUACUUAGGUUUGACAUCUACUUAGAUUUAACAUAUACUAGCAGAGAAAUUGUAGGCACAUUAACUACAAAUUUGAUUCCAAAUAGUAAUGAAUCUUUUUCUUUUGGAUCUGCCUCAUAUUUUACAAAAAUGUCUUUUACACAAACAAUUAAAAAAUAAUAAAAUCUAUGGCAACAAACUUUGCAUUUUUAUAUUUAAAUUUUGUGAUUUAAAUUUGAUGGAUUUGAGGAUUCUGAAAGUUGUAUUCUCAUUUGACUAACACCACUGAAUCCCUGGAUCGCAAGUGAGAACCGUGUUCCUAGGACCAGAUGUACAAAAAGAACAGAAUGCAAUAUCAUUUUCACAUGAACCCUGGGAUACAGUCAUUUUUCCCAGCUUCACUGUCCAGCUAAACAUUUUCAAAGAAAUGUUCACAUAUGCUGUCUUCAUUCCUGCAUGUGCACUCACCCUUCUUCCCACUCAUCUGCCUCCCAUCCUCACGAUUAAGUUGAAACCAUUCUUCCUAAAGAAACUUUCACUUUUAUUUUGCCAAAAUCAAUAAAAACUUUUGGUUCUUUAUCUGCAUAAAUUGUACAAUAGAAUAUGAUCAGGCCUUCAUUUUUAAACCUCUCUUCUCUUGGAAAAAUCUUCCUUUUAAAAAAGUUCAAAAUAAUAAAUGUAAGUACUCUCCCUUUGAGCAGGUAGAAUUCAGUCCCUUUCUGUGUGACUCUGCACUGAAUUUAGUGACUUGCUUCCAAGGAGUAGAAUAUGGGAAAGGAAAAAAACUAACUUUACACUGGAGAAAUAUGGCAAAUGCCAUCUUAACCCAGUGAUCUAAAUUUACAUCACCAGUGAUAAGUCAUGUACUUCGACCUCUAUGUAUUCUUUCUAAAACCUCAUAAUCCCAGACUAAUCAUGAGUUUAAAACUUCAGCAAACUCAAAUGGAGGGAUAUUCUACAAUAUCCCUGAGGUAUUUGAGAGUACUACACAAAAUUGUAAAAAUCAUCAAAUAUAAAAAAAUUCCAAGAAACAGUCACAGGACCACAUAAGAUUAGAGAAACAUGAGAACUAAAUGCAAUGUGGUAUCUUAGGUCAGAUCCUGGAACAGAAAAAGGUCAUUAAUGGAAAAACUGGUGAAAUCUGAAUAUAGUCUGGAGUGUUUUUCAUAGCAGCAUUGAUUUCUUAAUCUUGAAAAUUGUACCAGGGGAUUAUAAAAGGAUAAGUUAGGGAAACUGAAACUGAGUGAGGAGUAUAUGGGAAUUCUCUAUACUCUCUUAGCAAAUUUUCUGUAAAUCUAAAA